AACCGACUAACCUUAAAUUUUUUAUGGGGUAAACAUAAUCAAUCAAAACAAAUUAUGAUUGACUUGGUGUUUUCCAAUGGAGAAAUUUUUACGUAUAAAGUAGAUGACUGGGCCACACUAAGAAAACAACACAGAAUUAUCGGUGAAAUUGUAGGCAAUACGACUAAUAUUCCGUCCCUACCAGUGAAAAUUUUGCCUGAAGAGGCCACUCUGUUGUUGAAUAAAGAAAUAGUAUCAGUUUAUGAAGUUACAAAUUACUCGUCCUUAGAAAAAGAUAAAAUAGAAGAUUUCGAAAAUAACCUGCUGCAGCAUGAAAUCAUCGAGUACAAGAAAAUUCGACGUGCCCAGCUGGAGAGCGUAAUCGAUAAGAUCGUUGAAAAACGAAGAAAAACUGGUGACGAUAGCUCCCCGGAAGAAAUACUGAACAGUGAACUUGAAAAAUCUACCUCGGUAACUAAAGAUAACAUGAUAUGGCCUAUCCUUAUGCAACCCCUGAACAUUUCGGAAGCAGAUAAGAAACGUGUUGCAUCAGAAGACAUUCUAAAACUUACCACGGAGUUAAAAUGUGCAGUGUAUCGCGAUUUGUGGGAAAAGGGGUACUAUAUAACACAAGGUGAUAAGUUUGGAGGGGAUUUCUUAGUGUACUUUGGCGAUCCAGUGUGUCAUCACGCUAUUUUCAUCGUAAGGUGUGUAAAACCUGAAGAAAGGAUAACACCAGCUGAAAUCGUAGCUUUUGGUAGACUAGGGACUUCUGUGAAGAAAAGGGCAGUGUUAGCGUCUGUGGUGGAUGAUACUGUUUCUUACGUCACCAUUAAUUGGAUAGAUGCUUAGGAUUUGUAGAUUUGGUUUUAUAAUUAUA